UCUGUCAGAUGUGCGCGAUAAUAUUAUACCAAAAGUAUUGUUUGUAAACUCGAGUUUGUUUUAUUUUGGGUUUGGAUUCUAAACCACCUAACAGACGAGAAAAAAAACGUUUACGAAUCGUGUCCUGUUCAAACUACACAACAACAUCAUGGAUCUACUAGGCUCAAUUCUUAAUUCAAUGGAUAAACCACCCGAAGCGAAUCAGAAGCAAAAGGAAAUCAUAAAAAAACAGAACGAACACAUUGAAAAGAUGAGAAAUCGUGAAAAAGAGGAGCUAAAUCGCUUCCGGCAGUUCGUUGAAGAGCGAAUCGAUCGAAUAUCCAAAGAUGACAGCCGCAAAUUCAUUCAAUUUCAACCAUUGGACAAGGUCUAUCGGAGUGUUGUACACGACGUUGCCGAAGUGGCCGGCUUGCUAGCAAUGAGCUUCGGACAAGAGGGAAUCGAUCGAUACAUUAUAGUCUACAAGCGAGAGUACACACCGACCGAGGACGAAAUCCAUGCCAGACGCAACGGUGAGGAAUGGAACGAUGACAAAGCCAAAGAGUACGUUCAACGUCGCGCCGAACAAAAACUGGUCGACACAGAGAAGGCUAAAAAGCCGGAAAAAAUUGUCCCGCAUUCGAACUACAAAGAUAAGUACGUGCAUCUAAUUGGCCAGGACGCGGCAUUGGAAGCAGCCAAAAAGACUGAAUCGAAUAAGUCCUACGGUUUCGUUCCCAGCGAGAACAAAAAGGAUGUUAGAUCCAUCGAACAGACAAUGGCUGACAUUCAGGCUAAGAAACGGUUGAAAUUGACUCAUAAUCCGGCAAGUAGCACGAAUGUGAAUUGAACUCAAUUCAUUGACGUUAUGUGUGGUGGCUGAAGGUGGAACUAGACGAUGUCUACAUCCGAAACAUAUUACACAAAGGUGUAAUGCCGCAAUAUUAGAACAGAACCGAGCAGAUGUUAAAAAAAAACAGGUUGCGUAAAAUACAAAAUUUUGUUUC